AUGGCAUCUUCACCCUCGUUACCCGAAGACGACGAUCCUCCGCCAUACAUUGCGGGAAACCGAAACGAUGCAGACGAGAUCCUUCAACCCACCAUCCUCAUCCUCGCCGGACAAUUUAUCCGCGCGCAAUCCGCUGACGGUACGCCGUUGUACGAACUCUCUCGGGACGUAAGGGCUUCUCCGACAAGCGAUACACUACUCGCUCAAGUGUCACUCGAACGUCUAAUUCAUAAUGUUCGGAUGAAUUCCGACGGUACGCCUCGGGUGUUACACCGCAGCAAACACAUCUUCGAACUCAAGCAUUUACCAUCGGUGAUAUCGACCGGGUUCCCGUUUUGUUUGGAUUCCAAGUCGCGAAAUACAAUCGGGAAUAUAGCACUGAAAGCUGCCUCGUUUCCGCGGUCUGGAUGCAAGAUUGUAAAAGUACGACCAGAGAAAGAAGAUGGAUUUCCCAAGGGUUACAAUGCGAGGAGGGAAUCGCUGAGGGAAGAGGAAGUGGUAUUCGAGGUAGUGAAGAAGCGCGAUCAUUAUGAGUGGCUGGGCCCGGACGGCAACCGUAUCGCAAUAGAAGACAAGGUAGAAGGUGAACAUAAACUGAUAGUUACAACACCCGUGAGAAGAAAGACGAUGGACGCCAUGAUAGGCAGUUGGUGCUUGAGAAUUUGGCGCGACGGUAUCAAAUCGAAUCGUGACAUUUGGAGACCCUUUAAGGUUGAAGCACGCACCUCACGUGAAGUACUUCCAAAUUGGUGGUAA